AUGAAAGAGUCCGAACUUCCAUUGACAAACAGAUUUGAAGGCCUUCAGGAUGAGAAUGAUAUGACCACAAAUUGUAACUUGGACACUGGUGUCAGCAGUGAAAACUCUAAGUCUCUAAAUCAUGCUACAGAACAUUCUGUGUCCGGUGUAAGACCUGUGCAUAGAAAGCAAAAUAUUAUACAACAACAAAAAAAUCCUAAACAAAAAACUACAAUUGUACUCGGCAAUUCAAUGGUCAAGCACCAGAAAGGAUGGGAUAUCGGUGAAGCAGCUGGACACUAUGUGGUCGUUAAAGCUUUUUCAGGCGACAUGGUUUGUUACAGCAAACCAAGUAUUCUUCAAGCACCUGAUCAAAUAAUUCUACACUGUGGUACAAAUGAUUUACGCAAUUCUGAACCAGAAGCAAUUGCAAACAGGAUUAUUAUAUAGUUAGUGUCAAAGUUCAAUUUUUCUGUUUGCCGAUUGGUCAAAAUCGUGUCAUGUGCCGGUCCACAAAACGUCAUGUUCCACAACCGGUCCACAAUCAAACAUUUAUUGACCGGUCAAUAAUAAAAUGGGUGCAAUACGUAUGCAUGUCAACCAUGAAGUUCCAAAGUUCAUUUUUUAAAACUUUUUACUAAACAUUUGCGGCGUUCCAUUUAUCCAGUUUUGGUUUCAAAUUAAGAUAACUCCAAUAACCGGUGAAUUAUUCAUACUUUGACACUUAUAUACUAUAUAACAAAACACUUAUUUACUGAGACCUCAGGAAAGCAGUGUGUUUUGAUCCAGCUUUAAACGAGAAAAUAAGAGGUACUAAUGUUUUAUUAGCUAGAUUAUGUAAACAAAAAAAACUUGCAUGUAAUUAACCACUCAAAUAUAACAACUGAAAAACUAAAUAUAGUCUGACGUAUACGCAUUCAUUUUUGAGAAAAUCAUGCACUUUGUGAAGAAAGCACCAAAUUUGGCACAGUUAUAGUUCUUGAUGAGGCGAAAAAAACUGCAUAUGGAGGCAACUCCAAAAAUUCAAAUUAUAGCCGUUAACGGCCCAUUUUCCGUGAAGGCGAGGCAGAAAACCGGAAGUGCAAUAUAUAUCUUGAUUUUUUAUUUGUAAAUUGGCUAAAAAAACUUUUUUGUUCUCAGAUAAGCUUUUUAUGUUUAUUUUAGCCUAUGUACUUUUUAGUGUAUGAAACUAGUUCAUUUAUUACAAUUUAGCCGAUGUCAAUGGUGAGAAUAUGGUCAAAUCAACUCAUUUUUAA